AUGACCGUCAGUAAAAAUGUGGGACUACUGCUGCAGGCGUCGGAGAUGUUUCGUGAAAUCGCCAAAUAUCUCCGCAAACAUGGCGCGACCCGAGACUCCAAGCAUUUCUACAGCAGCGUAAUGGCCCAUUGCCUAAUGAUCCACGACCACAUCAGCCGCAUCAAAGAAUUCAUCGGAGAUGAUAACACCCUGGUCACGGGGAUAUUGCUUCGGCUUGAGGCCACUGUCUCCGUGAAAAUCUUGGAAACACGACUGGAGGCCCCGACCACUGGUUUCCCCCGACUUGCGAUUCUAAGCGACAGAUGGAGCCGGACUCAGCGCGAGGGUAAUUUGAUGGACUUGAAGCGCAUAACACAAUUGGUUGGGCUUGCAGGGGAUCUUGGGCAACAGGAGGAGCUGAUUGAGUUCUUCGAAAACUGGGAAGAUGACAUUAAGAGCCAAUACCCCGACGACCCCAGUCUGUGGACCCGAGAAGAUAUGCCCAGCAGAGUGAAAACCAGAGGAGAUCCUUCAUACGUGGUUCUGAAUGCUUCCCAGUCUCUAUUUCAAGCCCUGGUGGAGUCGAAGGACUGUACAUGCCAGCCUAUGCAUGACUUUAAUGUUCGACUUUGUCUGGGCACCUUUCGAAGUUCACGGAAAAUCGAAAAGGAGCGAGAUCACGACUGCGGAUUCGACAUAUUUCUAUCAAAUAUGCAAGAGCAAUGGCAUGAGGCAGAUGUUUGUUUUGCUAAGAGUGCCGGAAUUAGAUUUGGUCAAACCGAAAAAGCCGCACAUGGCUCGAAGAUCCCUGCCAUGAAGAUCAAGAAUCUAUGUGAGCCCAUCAAAAAGAGGCAGCCGUUUGAUCGCCUGAAAUUAAGAGUCGGGGAGGAUGGACGACUGUGGAAAUUGCGAUCUGAAAAGUGUUCCUUUGCAGUGGAUGAGGCCAAGGAACCGGUAUCAUUGCAAACUUUUAUUCAAGAUCAGCAUAGGUCUCUGACCGACAAGACAAAACGUAUCCUGGCCGUGAUGCUCGGGUAUGCUGUUUUGUACCUUCACGAGACUCCCUGGCUCACACCAUCUUGGAGUCCUUCGAACAUUUUGUUCUUCCAUACGACCUCGUCCGCGAUUCCUCUCAAGCCGUUCCUCCAAACUGAGCUAGCAAUGAAUGUCAAAGUUCCCUCUCGAAGCAAUCCUGUCUCGGAUCCACAUAACUUUGAUCCAGAUAAUUUUGACCCAGACGAUUUUGAUCCCGAUGAUCUCGAUACCAACGACUUAGACCCGGACGACAUUAUGAUCCACCAGUGCCCACAUCUGGUGACACUGGGGAUUGUAUUAAUGGAGUUAUAUCUCACAAUGCCGUUCGAGCAAUUAGCCGAGAAGUACGGUGUGCUCCUGAACGAUCGAACGAGGUCUAUAGAUGCGGAGUUGGUUUUUGAACAAUGCAAAAACGAGAUCCCGGAGAAUUCCCAAUUUCACUACGCCGUCAAAAAAUGCCUGGACCCUAAGGUGUGGGAGGAUAGCAAUGGCACCCGGUUGAGUGAUCACACAUUGAAGUCCACAAUAUAUCACGAGAUUGUUGGCCCCUUGGAAGAUGAGUUAAACCAGGCAUUCAGUCACAUUCCCCUUGAUCAAUUGGAUUCUAUUGCGCAGAGUCUAGAUCUUGCUAGUUGGGGCCAAGCCAUCCAAAAUCACCCAGCCCCUACCCAUUCUUCUGAAAUCUCCGUCCAAAUACCAUUUACGCAAUCAAAUAGACCAUUGUCAAGCCACGAUCAUCUUAUGGAUCAAUAUCAGCAACAGCGGAGCGCUUCGCCAUCUCUCCAAGGUUUUGUCGCAUCGCCGACUAUGCCGCAUGUUCACCCUAUUUCCUCUAUGAUGGCUGCGCCCCAACCAGGGAGUUUGAUUCCAUUUCAAUAUGCAAGCAUGGCUUUUUUUGACGAUGAAACAAUCUCGGAAGGGCACUCGGCGGAAGCAUGUACCAAUUACCGGAACUGGCGUCAAAGGUUCAAGGAUGUCUACGAAAAGUACAUAAAACGACCACCCCAAACACCAGUUAAAAUUGCUAUUUUCGAUACUGGAGUCGAUCAGACACACCCAGAUGUGGAUGCAUGCAUUGAGCAAAUUAAAGGUCGAUUCAAUUGGACCAAUGAGAAAUUUCCUCAGCUGGUCGACGAUUACAAUGGACAUGGAACUUUUACCACGAGCUUGCUACUGGAAUAUUGCCCCGAUGCAGAAAUUUAUAUUGCGAAGAUAUCCGACGGGAAGCCGGUUGGCCCUGGUAUCAUUGCCAAGGCCCUCGACUAUGCGGUAAAUGAAUGGAAGGUUGACAUCGUUUCUAUGUCUUUUGGGUUUCGAUCCCGGGAUGUCGAUGGCUAUGAAGAGUUGGAGCGUGCCAUUCAUAACGCAUACUCAGCCCACAUCCUUCUCUUUGCCGCGGCUUCAAACAGCGGGGCCAACCUGGAUAGGGCCUACCCGGCACGCGAUGAGAAUGUGAUCUGUAUCAAUUCAACCGACGCGAACGGGAAUCGAUCAUCUUUCAGCCCUACUGCCCUUGCGGAUGCACUAAACCUGGCUACAGUUGGCGAGGCUGUGGAGUCAGCUUGGCCAAUGCGAUACUGUGAUCCGCCAUCCGGGCUCAAACAUAAAUCGGGGACAUCGUAUGCCACCCCUAUCGCGGUCAGUAUUGCGGGUUUUCUGCUGCAAUAUGCUCGUUUAUACAUUCCCGAUAAUGCGCACCUGUUGCAACGGCAGUCAAAAAUGAAAGCCGUUCUUCGCAAGAUCGCUGAGAAAAGCCUGGAGUCUCGGGCUCGCGAUGAUUACCAUUUUAUUGCCUUGAGUCUGUAUUCAGAUAACAUUUUCGGCAAGGAUCAGGACUUUAUUAACUACACAUUGCGUGAUAUACUUCGACAAUAG